UUCACACUGGGCAAUAGUCAGGUUUUGUCUGUCUCGGUACGUUUAUUUUUUUGUGUGUAGUGUUUGUGAUUUGACUGAAAUGGAGAAAACGCCGGCAAAUGUGCAAAAACUGCGUUUUUCGGCUGAUUAAGACGAACUUCUGAUAGAGUUUGUUCAACGCCAUAGCAUUUUAUAUGAUUUAAAAGAUCCAGAAUUUCAAAACAACGUGAAGAAAGAUCUUAUCUGGAAUGAAGCCGGAAAAGUCCUUAAUAGAGAUGUACUACGAAAUGUCAUAUGGACUUAAUGUGGAGAUGCACAAACAGACUGAAAUAGCAAAACGCUUAAACGCAAUUAUCGCCCAAGUGCUCCCAUUCCUGGCUCAAGAACACCAACAACAAGUAGCUACUGCUGUGGAAAGAGCCAAACAAGUUACCAUGACAGAAUUGAACGCUAUCAUUGGACAACAGCAACAACAAGGUCUCCAACAGUUGCUUCAGCAAAUUCACGCCCAACAACUUCCUCAUGGUGCUCAUGGACCGGGUAUGCCAAUGGGCCCUCAUCCUGGUUUACCAGGCAUGGGCCCCGCUACAGGACUGCUGGGCUUUGGCGCCGGUUUGGCUGGAGGUGUACCGGGGGCUCCAGGAAGCGCCCAUCCUUCAGUAGCUGCUGGCGCACAUCCUCUCCUUAAACCCGCCGACCUACAUGCCAGGGAUCCCCAGGAUCUGAAGCGACCUGGUAGCACGAAUGCCGAAGAAAGACUGAACUCCGUUUCCCCCGGAGAAAGAGAUAAAUACAGAUCGAGAUCUCCAGCCGAUAUCGAUACAAUCAAAAGGCGGAAAGAAGACAAAUUGGGGCACGUAAGUGUAAAUAUCAAUUAUCACAAGUUGUAA